AAUAUUAUUUUUCAUAAAAACUUCCAAUUUAUUAAGUUAAAUUUAUAAUUUGAUGACUGUUAACUUUUAACUAAUUGAUCUUAUGUUGUCUUAACGGAACUUGAGUUAAUUGUUUUCAUAAACAUGCCUCUCUUUGGUAUUAAUGACCUUAAUGUGUAAAGUAAUUGUUAAUUGCAAAUGUUUUCAUUAUUGUAAGAUAAAAACAAAUCUUGUUUGUAAUAUCGAUUCCAAUGUUUGCGUCCCAUGCCUGACAACGAUACAUUAAGAUGAGAAAGUAUCAACAAUUACUAUUAGUGCUUGUAUCUUUCGUCAGCAUCUUUUCACUGUUAUUGUACAGGUAUGAAUAUAUGAAACUUUUGAAUGUCUUAGAAGUGCUCAACUUUUUUGGUUAUUCAGCCGAUAACCUUACUAAUUGUGUUCUUCUGGAAGAAAAGUUUUAUAUUGAUUUAGAAAAUGAUAAUUUAUUAGCGAAACCCCCGAUUUCCUGGACCAAGCACGAUGAACACUAUGCAUAUUCCGCUUUCUGGUCAUCUCAACAACAAUCAGUUCAUUUGCUGCUAUUAGGACCAAGAUCAGCCUUUUCAGGUUAUGAAUGUCGUGUAUGGUUCAAGUUGGCCGAUAUAUAUACAUCUAGGCCAGGGAAAUUGUCUUACAACAUACAACUCAACAUUCGUGAUUCAAAUUUUCAUGAGUAUGAGGUUCAUUGUAAGCCCAACGAUAUUCCUGUUAACACAAAGCCAUAUGGAAUUUUACUGGGGAAAGAAAACACAUCAAAACUUUUUAUACCUAUCGAAAUUAAAAAAGAAACCAAGGACAAAGAUGAUUUAAUUAUUUGUAUUGCACCUGAUUAUUCUGCUGUACCCGAUACAUAUCUAAUAGAAUUUAUUGCAUAUCAUACUUUGAUAGGUGUUCGUCAUUUUGUAGCUUAUGAUAUAGGCAUCCAUUAUCAAGUUCUGCAAUUCUUACGCACAAUUGCAGGUCACAAGGAACUAUAUAAAACCUUUUCUACCCUUUCUUGGCAAUUUCCUGCUCAAGAUUUACUAAUGGAAAAGUCAGUUAUACAAAAGGAUUGUAUACAAAGGACACAAAGCUAUGCAAGGCAUAGUAUUUUAUUAUCAUGGGAUCAGUACUUGGUGUUAAAUGAUCAUAAGCAAUUAAAUGAUUUUAAGGAAGGUGUUGAUUAUACAUUUGAAGUAAAAAAAUGUUGUAACAAUCGUUUAUUAAAAAAAUCAUGGCCUAUGGCCAUGAAAAAAACAUUAUGUGAAAAAACCAAUGAUACUGUAAAUUCUAUCAUCGAUGAACAAGACAAAAUAAACUAUCAAACUCCGAGUUUAGGAUCUAUUCAUAGAUUGGAAGAAAUAUGUGAAAAAAUUACUGGAAAAGAUGACAAAAGUAUGGCAAGGCAUUUAAUUAAUUUUGUUAACAGUAAAUUAUUAACAUUGUGGAGAUCCCAUUUGAAAUAUUCCAUUAUUCAUGAAAGAAAAACACUGUGAUUAUUCUGUAAAAUAUUAUUUUUGAAUUUAUUAUGACUGUUAUUUUUA